CCUAUAAGUACCAGCGUAUUGUAUUGGCUAGUACAGCACAAACACGACACAAACAAGCUAGCUACAGUCGUAGUUGAGAGCAGUACGUACGUAGUUGAAGACUCCAAUUAUUAGCGAAGGAGAAGGAAUGGCGUUCGUCCAUGGCGAGCAAGAGGGUGAGGACAUGGUCGGAGCUUUCGCCCUUGUCUACCAGCACGUCUUCAGCUACAUCAAGACGAUGGCGCUGAAAUGCGCCGUGGAGCUCGCCAUCCCCGACGCCAUCCACGGCCGUGGCGGCGCCGCCACCCUCGCCGAGAUCGCCGCCGACACGGGGGUGCACGAGUCCAGGCUCGCCGACCUGCGGUGCCUGAUGAAGCUGCUGACCACGUCGGGGCUAUUCAGAGCCACCGCCGCGGACGGCGGCGAGGAGGUGGCGUCGUCGUACGCGCUCACGGCGGCGUCCAGCCUCGUGGUCGGCCCGCGCGGCCUGUCCAACAUGGUGCGCUUCGACUGCGGGCCCGUCUCGCUCACCCCGUUCUUCGACAUGCCCACGUGGCUCCGGACGGCGCCGGGGCCGGAGGCCCCCAAGUCGCUCUUCGAGCUCACGCACGGCCGCACCCGGUGGGACCCAGCCAACGCCGACAACGACACCAUGAUCGUCUCCGCCUUCAUCGAGAGCCAGCUGCUGAUCGAGGCCGUUCUCGGCGGCCACGCCGACGUCUUCCGCGGGCUCACCUCGCUGGUGGACGUCGGCGGCGGCCAGGGCUCCUUCGCCAAGGCCAUUGCGGCGGCGUUCCCGGGCAUCAAGUGCGCCGUCAUGGAUCUGCCCCACGUCGUUGCCGACGCCCCCGUCGCCGCUGGUGGCGGUGAUGAUGUGCAGUUUGUUGCCGGAGACAUGUUCGAGUCCAUUCCACCAGCCGAUGCUGUUUUACUCAAGUAUGUUUUGCAUUGCUGGGACGACGACAACUGCGUUAAGAUUCUUAAGAAUUGCAAGGAGGCUAUCCCUGCAAGAGACGCUGGAGGAAAGUUGGUAAUCACAGAGAUGGUGCUAGGGUCCGGGCCUCGUCGUGACAGAAACGUUGCUGAGACAGAAGAGAUGCAUAGCUUGUUCCUCACGUGCAUCACCGGCGUGGGGCGAGAGGAGCACGAGUGGAAGAAGAUUUUCGUCGAUGCUGGAUUCAGCGACUACAAAAUUACCCCGAUCAUGGGCCCGCUUUCGGUUAUCGAGGUUUACCCUUGAUACUUGCAUUGGAAGAGGAAAUGAAUUUUGCCUUAAAGAUGAAUUCUGCUAUGUAAUUGUCGGUUUUCUAUAUGUUUUUGUGUCAAUCUAUAUCUAUAUCAAGCUAUACCUAAUAAUAAUAAAGAGGCAAAAAAUUUCUGGCA